UGGUCUUGCUUUGUGGCAUCAGCACCUCGAUCGACUUCAUUCACUUCCACGCUCAACACACACAACCGUUACAAGAUAUGGAGCCAUCACAGGACUUUACUAGUUUCUUGCUCGGCAGACCCGUUAUCGUCAAGCUCAAUUCAGGAGUCGAUUAUAGAGGAAUUCUUGCCUGCUUGGACGGAUAUAUGAACAUUGCACUGGAGCAAACGGAGGAAUACGUCAACGGCCAAUUGAAGAACAAGUACGGCGACACGUUCAUUCGCGGAAACAAUGUUUUGUAUAUCUCGACUGCAAAGGGAACAUAGAAUGGCGAAUGAUGGGUCAUCUCAAAGGACAAGACGUCAAUCAGAUUGAAGACAACAGACUAAGCCCGUUACCCCAACAAUCAACACGUUGUACACUUGCAAUAAACACCUGUAGAAAACA